CAAACGCGCGUCAUAUACCGAGCGUCAAAAGCCGCGCAAAACAAGAAACGGCCACCUGUUUAAAACACAACGAAACCGGAAACAGAAUUGUCGGCGGCUGGUCCGUGGGGGGCGAAAGAGCUUAAACAGUUUUUCGUGGUCGGUCGUCCGUUGUUUUUCCUUUUUAUACCGUCAAAAGCUCCGUCUCCUAUAAAUUUGGAGCUGUUUUUCCUUACAAUGUUCCGUUUUGUCGCUAUGAGCGUUGAAUGGAUUCUGCCUAUGGUGGUCCGUCAACCGCGUCGGCCAUCGCUUCUCCAUUGAAAUCACGCUUCUCCAAGCCAUCGAAUUCCGGGAUCUUCAGCCUGCGAAAGUUCAGCGCAGUGAGUUUCAGUCGGAGAUCUUCCGGGUCGGAUUUCAAAUUCGGGUCUACUAAAGCUAUCAUGGCCGGUACUUCUACACCCAACAAUACCAAGAGUAACAAGCCGAAGGUCGUCACUGGCCCCGGUGGUUAUAUUCUCGAGGAUGUCCCUCACCUGGCGGACUAUAUUGACGAUCUUCCUAACUACCCGAAUCCGCUGCAGAACAAUCCAGCCUACUCUGUUGUUAAGCAGUACUUUGUCCAUCAGGAUGACACCGUCCCUCAAAAGAUUGUUGUUCACAAGGAUGGUCCAAGAGGGAUACAUUUCCGUCGUGCUGGACCCCGUCAAAAGGUAUACUUUGAGUCAGAUGAAGUUCAUGCCUGCAUUGUGACUUGCGGUGGCCUGUGUCCUGGACUCAAUACAAUGAUCAGAGAAUUAGUAUGCGGCUUGUACCAUAUGUAUGGUGUCAAGAAAGUUUUGGGGAUAGAUGGAGGAUACAGGGGCUUUUAUGCUAAGAAUACCAUUCCAUUAAAUCCCAAGGUUGUGAAUGAUAUCCAUAAACGUGGCGGAACCAUACUUGGGACAUCACGAGGUGGACAUGACACCAAAAAGAUUGUUGACAGCAUUCAGGAUCGUGGAAUUAAUCAAGUCUAUAUCAUUGGAGGAGAUGGAACUCAAAGGGGGGCGUCUGUUAUAUUUGAGGAAAUUAGAAGGCGUGGUCUCAAAGUUGCAGUUGCUGGCAUCCCCAAAACCAUUGACAAUGAUAUUCCGGUUAUUGACAAGUCCUUUGGCUUUGACACUGCUGUUGAGGAGGCUCAACGUGCUAUCAAUGCUGCACAUGUUGAAGCAGAAAGCAUUGAGAAUGGUAUCGGUGUCGUGAAGUUAAUGGGCCGCUACAGUGGGUUUAUUGCAAUGUAUGCUACUCUUGCAAGCCGAGACGUGGAUUGUUGUUUGAUUCCAGAGUCGCCCUUUUAUCUUGAAGGACCUGGUGGACUUUUUGAAUUCAUUGAGAAACGACUCAAAGAACAUGGUCACAUGGUUAUUGUGUUAGCUGAAGGAGCAGGACAAGAGCUCCUUUCUGAGAGCGUAAACUCAAUGACUGAUGCCUCAGGAAACAAGCUUCUUCAUGAUGUUGGGCUGUGGAUGUCACAAAGAAUUAAGGAUCACUUUGCAAAAGAGACGAAGUUCCCCAUAAACCUGAAAUAUAUAGAUCCGACAUACAUGAUUCGUGCUGUACCAAGUAAUGCAUCUGACAAUGUUUACUGCACACUUCUUGCUCAAAGUGCCGUGCAUGGUGCAAUGGCGGGGUACACCGGUUUCACAAGUGGUCUUGUCAAUGGCAGACAAACUUACAUACCUUUCUAUCGAAUCAUCGAGAAACAGAACAAGGUUGUGAUCACUGAUAGGAUGUGGGCAAGGCUUCUGUCAUCAACAAAUCAGCCCAGUUUCUUGAGUGCGAAAGACGUCGAAGAGAAGAAAGAGGAUGAACCAUCCACCAUGCUGUUGGAUGAUGGGCCCCGUACAGAUGAUAGUUUGGCUGAAAAAGAGAUGAGCCAGCUGAAGCCGUGAUUUAGAUCAGUUGUUUAAUUCUGCUGUUUCUUAGAGUGAAGUUAGGAUAGUGAUGCACCUUGAUUGUUUUGUUCCAGUUCUCACAUGAGGUAUUUAUGGCAUUAAUUCUGCCUCAGUAAUAAUGAAACCCCAAGAGGAAACUUGAAUUUCAAAUCAUUUAAAAUAAAUACUCUUUUUUCUUUUUUUGAAAUGUAAUGGAUUGUUGGGAUAAUAGUGUUGAAUGUAUAUAUUGCUCAGCUUAUAGACUGUU